GCCGCUUCGUCUUUGUCUGAGUUCGCGCCUGGAACGCACUUUAGAAACGUGAUAGAUGACAGUACCUGUAAACCUGAAAAGGUUACCAAGGUGAUCCUCACCAGUGGCAAGCACUGGAUCGCAGUCGAAAAAGAACGUGACGAGCGUGGUCUUAGAGAUACGGUAGCGAUAAUUCGUCUCGAGAGCCUUUGUCCCUUCCCCGUGCAGGAUCUGCGGGAAACACUUCAACGGUAUCCGAAGGCAACGAGUGGGUUUUAG